AUGGUCAAGCUGAUUUCGAGAAAGAUCGACCAGCUGGCGGAGGGAGCAAGUGUGGGAGGGGGUGCCGACCACGAGGGAGGAGGCAAGAAGACGGGACGCGUCGUGAUUGAGUACAGCGUCGAGGAGGAGGAGGAGGAGAUCGAGGAGGAUACAUCGAGGCAGGCUCAGCACGGGGCGAGCGGCCCGGGCGGCGAUGCGAACCAGGACGAGGACUCGAGCUCGGAAUCGAGCCCCGGCUCGAGCUCGAGCGAUGAGUCGGUCGAGGACGACGGCGAGGGCGCCGGACAUCGAACGGAGCGUACGGGGGAGCACGGAGUGGCGCUCGGGGAGCGGGUGGACGAGCGAGUAGAGCUUAUCGAGCAGCAGGCGACAGGGGAAACAAAGACUGUCGAGGAGCAGGAGGGCGGAGCCGCUGCGCAGGAGGGUGGGGUCGGAGGGCAGCAGCAGGUGGUGGGCGAGGUGGCUGCGCAGGAGGGCGGGGCAGGAGGGCAGCAGCAGGAGGGCGUGGCGGCUACGCAGGUGGGUGGGGCAGGAGUGCAGCAGCAAGAGUUUAGGGUUGCGGCUGCGCGGGUGAGUGGGUCGGGAGGGCAGGAGCAGGAGGUCGGGGAGGCUGUUGAGGAGUAUCGUCGAGGAGAUGAGCGACAAGCCGCCGUAACAAGGAGUCACCGCACGGCCAGUGGCAGCGGACAGGCGGGCCCUUCGACCGGGUGCCCUUCGACGGCAGGCCAAUCGACGGCGAACGUUGCACCCGGAGGCCAGGUCGUCGAGCUACUGCAGAGGGUCGAGAAGGUCGAGGCGUCUCAGAAGCAGCUCGUCGCCGAUGUAUUUGCGAAACACACUGAGCAAGCCGGAGUAUUCAACAGGCUUGCGGCGGAUUUUCGGACGGCGUGGAAUACGAUUUCGGAGUCGUCGAAGAGCACACUGUCGCAGUGUGCCGAGGCUGUGAAGGGUGUCACGGCGGAGAGGAACCUGUUGGAAGGGGCGCGGGCGAAGAUCGACGAGAUGAGCGGGAAGAUCAUCGAGGGGGUGGUAGCCGCCAUCACAAAAGCGAGCGAGGACGCCGUCGAGAAGCAGCUCAAGCAGGUCGAGGAGCGGCUGGUUGCUGCGGUGCUGAAGGGUUUCGAGAAAGCCAUCAUGGAGGACAUGUUUUGCUCCACUCUCCCACCCGAGACCAUGAAGGAGCUGAAGGACAUUGUGAGGGAAGGAUACCAAGAAGCCGAAGCAGGGAGGUUGGAAGUCCUUGUCAGGAUACUAGAAAUGGGUUUCAGCGCUCGGCGGGCCCGUCGACGAGGUCGCGUCAGGAGGGUGUGGGAGGGGUUCGCAGCGGGGCUGAGCCUCGAGGUCACGAGCGGUCGGUUCCUCCGUCUUCUUCGGUGGGAGGACAUGUCGGCAGCCCGGUUGGAUCCCCACCGGCGCGUGGCCGUCAUCCCGUCGCCAAGCCCGUCCCCGAAGUCAUCGUACUCGACCAGCGGCGGUGCAGGGAAAGGAGCGGGAGAAGCAAGCGCUGGGUUGCUGUCGAAGCCUAAAGCGGCAUCAGCUGCGCACGACGGUGGUGCUGGCCAUGCUGCCGGGCUUGUGGGAAAUUGGGCGUCUUCCUCAACCCCUCCACUUGCUCCUUUUGCCGCUGCUCCGUCCCUAGGCAACGUUUGCCUUAGCGAUCCGGGCUCCCCUUCAAAGUCGAAGAAGAAGCCGGCUGCGACAAAGUCGUCGAAGCACGCUGCACACGCGACAGAGAGCCUUGACGUGGUGGAGCUGUCCAGCGUCCCUGGUCAGGCGCCUGUCGAGAAGACCUCUAUUGUCGUUGCUGCUCGACAGGAAAAGGCGAAGAAGGCCAGGGUCACGGGUCACACCCCACCUCCUCGACCGGACGACCAAGGCAAGACGAGAGGCUGCAAACGUCCCUUCAAAGGACCGGGUUUCGGGUUGCGGAAGGGGAAGCUGGUUUCCGAGCAGACCGUCGGCGGGAGGAAGCGGUUCCUUGGCACAUUUGAAACAGAGAAGGACCAGAAGUUCUGUACGGCCGUCUGCUGGCGCGUGUACUUCCCCGACGUUGUCCUUACGGAGUACGAAGGGUACACGGCGCAGGAUGAGGAGGACUGGAAGGUCUACCUUGAUGCGGCCGCAGAAAUGCCAACCGGCGUUUGGAGCGUGGCGCAAGAACAAGGGGAAUGCCGUUUUGACGAUUACCUGUCGCUGUUGGCGACGGCAAAAAGGGAAGCGAAAGCUGGAACCGAGAGGGGAAUCGCGCUGUGCGUGGCGAUUGGUAAGGUCGCGACGCUUGGCCUGAAGCACGGGAAUCUGAUUUACCCGGUCCCGAAGGGCAUGGCGGCGACACCGCACAUGAUGGCCAUCGCAGCAACUGUGGCGAGCUUGUGGGCGGCCUGCAGGAAGUUGUCGAGGGAGGAUAUUAAGAAGGACGCCCUAGCUGCCGCAAACGGGGCGAUCUACGCCCCGGAGACUGCAAAGAAGGCUUGUGUGGCUGCCAUGUCCGCACUCGUGUCCAUACUUUUGCACGUCGGCAAGACGUUCCCGGCGAAGCAGUGGCCCGAUCACCUGUAUUCGUCGGCUGUCGAAGGUCUCGGCUCGACGGACGCCAUAUUGCUGCAGAUGCUGCGCGUGGCAGCACAGGUCUGUACGCAAUGGUGCUGCUGUCGAGCUGCUGCCCGCUUGCUGGAGGACGCGGGCUAUGGCAGCCUGGCUAUGCCAGAAGAAAAGAGCAAGGCGAAGCAGGGCGUCGAGGAUGCAGCUGAGACGGAAACUAGCGGGCAAGGGGAGUAG